AUGGUUCCAAUAACAUCAUCCUUGUCCUCACUCAGUGUUUCUUCAUCAGAAAGAACCAAUAACCAAGUCAAUGAUGAUCAUCUCAUUCAUUCUCCGACCACAUGUAGAGGUUUUACACAAGAUUUUACUGUUCGCAACAACCACGCUUCUCAUAGAAUGAAAGGAAAAUGUCCCAAUCAUCGACUUGUCGUUCAUCAAGAACAAACACAACAGAAUGAACAUGUAGUGGUCUAUCCACCCACGAGCAAUUUAUCAACAAAUAUUGGUGGAUCACCAUUGAAAGGUUGUUAUCCACCAAUGGAAUAUUCACCUACAACAGUCAAAUGUCAAGAUCAGCAACGUGAAUACCAAAACAGUAACAACAUGCAAAUAAUGGCAACUAGUAGCAAUCCCGUCAAAAGGUUCAGCUCUGUAACACCUUCCAGUAACAAUCUCAACAACUAUGCUUCAUCAAAUUCCAUUUCAUCCUCCACGACACACAACGCAAGCAAUUUCGCCACUUUUCAACAUUCACCUCAAAUUAUUCGAUGGAAUUACAAAAAGACCUCCUCUCCUCCUUCCAUUAUUUCAUCCUCUUGCAUGUCACCUUCUAACAAGAUUUCAAAAAAACAACAUUCCAAAUUUGUGAAUUAUGGCUCCAGUAGUGGUCAAUUGUAUUUUAUUAACCAACCAAACAACACCACUCGUUCGAAAUCUGUAACAACACCACCUGCGUCAUCACCUCUCCUUCCUCCAUCUCAAAAUGUUAAAAAGUCACCCCAACCAUUGCAUACUCGUCGAGGAAAAAUUAAGGAAUAUGUAUUUGUAAAGCAGUUCAAGAAGGAAGACUUGAAUCAAGAACAACAAGAAAAAGCUGCAUCACCCAUGUCUUCUUCAUCCAAUAGUGUUUCGUCAUUGGGAAAUUCACAACAAGAAAAAGACCUGGAUUUCCCUCGAUGUACUUCAAUGAACAACCAUUCACCCAUGAAUACAACGAAUACGGACAGUAUCCAUGUAGUAAUUGCAAAUGAUUCGUCGUUGGUUCCAUCAAUUUCAACCUCUGUCGAGAAUAAUGGAACGCAACACAAACCCUCCAUGGUGAGAACAUCCAUCUCAUGGGCUGAAAUUUUGAAUUGA